GAUAAUAAAUAACUCUAGUGGCAAGAAAGUGCAGUCAUUUCAGUUUCGCCAAGUUAAUAUCUGCUCCAAGUCCGUGGUUAUUUUUUUACGUACAUUGUUAUACGUUUUAGAAGCGCCUCUUCAAAUAUAUGAUGAGGGCAUUUAGGUGUAACCUCUGUCACAAAGCAUUCAAGACGUCUUAUCAGCUGCAGGCGCAUGCCAAGACGCACACGGGCGAAAAACCUUUCAACUGCAACCACUGUCCAAAGGCAUUUUUGCAAAUGGGGACUUUGCGCUACCACAUUUUGACCCACACGGGCGAACGACCGUAUCCCUGUCACCGUUGUCCUAAGCGUUUCCGCCAGAAGUCCAAUCUAGACCAACACCUUCGCAUCCAUCUCAACAUCUGCUUGUGCUAAGUUUCUGGUCAACCUUUUCAGUAAACUGGCUUAGUAAAGAUAACAUUUGUUUAAACCAGUUACCCGUCAACGGUGUACAUACAUAUGCAUAAAUAUGCGUACAUACGUAUUAAAAUGCGUACAAGCUGCUCCUUUUAAUUCCCUGUUCUGCACCUCCCCGACUUUAUACAAGAUAAUAAAAGUGCAUGUAAAUGAACGCAGUGAAUAGCUUCCUCAUUCAAACUUGACAAGUUCUUCCUAUCGUCAUCCUAAAGUCGUGUAUAUCAUAAUACUAAUGAUGAUGAUAUCGUGAGUGGUGAAGUUUGCAUUUAUUUUCAUAGUGUGUUUAAUAGUACUGUUGGGUGUCCCCUGGAUUAUAUAUGUACAAUGUACAUAUCUGUUGUAUAGUUUCUCCGUUGUGGACCAGUUUCGAGCCGCAUAAAUAAUGCAUUGGCCUUAUAAUAUAUCUAUCUCGUUGGAAUUCAAUUGGCUCACAACCAACAUGUUUAAACGGUGAAAUCCCUGUAUAAGAUCGGUAUGUCCGGCUGUCUGUUGGUGGUCAAGUAACUCGUGAACGAACGACAUACAAACUUGAAACCUAGUUUAUUUAGGUCAAGGGUCAGACUUAUAGAAAACGAGCAAUGUAGGUGACAAGGCCACAGCGCCAGGUCAUAGGUCACGUUUUCUUAAAUUAGAGCGACAUCAUGCGAUGACUCGAAUCAAUAGUAUUUUCAAAUAGCUGUCCAACUGACUAGGUCAUUCUGACCUGCGACACCUCGGUGACAGGUCAAAGGUCACAAAUUUUUAAAACACGCCAGACUUGUUUAACAUAUUUUGAGCUCUGAACACAAAUAUGAUACCCGUUUUGACUGCGACACCCCAGUGAACGUGGUCUCAAAUGUUUAAAACGCGUCGGACGGUUAAUUUUAAGAUGGAAAACAUUUUGACGUAUGACACGCUGGUUUCACCCCUUGGUGAGUUUUGGUGAAAUAUGUGUUUUAACGGUUUAUUAACUUACUAAAACAUGGACGACAACAAAAGAAUAAAGAAGCUAAAUUUUACGCCCUCGUCAUGGUGGAUUCAGUGUCGAAUAUGCAAGGUUUGUAUUCAGGAUGAAGAUAAGUUUAUCGCCCACAUAUUGUCAAAACACCCAUCUUUGUCCUCAUCAUCACCAACGGCUUCUUCAAAUGAGAACUCAGAAGACGACGAAUCGUCUGAAACGAGUCGUAAAGGUCAUGCCGUUGGUUCCACGGACGAAAGUGAGGAUUAUUCCGAGGAUGAAAAUUUUCGUGUAAAGCAGGCGACAAAUCUGAUCAAGACGGAACCAUCAGCCUUGUGCGGAACUGUUUUAGGGAGCGUGCCAGAACGCCCAGAACACAAGGAAGCUCUUCUUAAUGAGUGGACGUCGCGAGUUUUUGGGGAGGAAAGGGUCCUGGCCGUGGAUCUUGUAGCAAUAGAAAUAGUGGAUCGCACGACCACACGUACAGACCACCCUUCUUGUGCCGACGAGGCACUGCAUAAAAGCAAUGAUAACCCCAUUCUCCGUUUGGCUGGAUCAUCCUGUACAGCAACUAAUUUACUGGGCAACGAAUUGGUGCCACCUCCCGCUAAUAGUACUAAUAGCAAUGACCGCGUUACGCUUGUCGAAGAGCAAGUUGAAGAACAACCGGAAGGAAGAUUAUUAGCAGAAUCCAGGCCCAUUGUGCCAGACUUGACAACGCACCCACAAAAUAUUGGCACGCUUGAAAACACCUCAGCCUUACCGGACAAGUUACACAAGUGCUGCAUUUGCCUCAAAAAGUUUACUUUCAGAGCUAACUUGAAUUGUCAUUUAUCUGUCGUACAUCUUUCCAAGAGCGGUCCAAGGGGGGAGCGAAUACUCAAAUGUGGGAUUUGUCCCAAAACCUUCUCCAAACGGAAGCAUCUCUCGCAUCACUCCUGGAUUCACACGAAAAAUGAUGAACAUCGGUUCAAGUGUCCACAAUGCAUGACUGGUUUCACGCGAAAGUCUCUUUUCAAAACUCAUUCGAAACAAUGCUGCAAAACUUAGUACAUUUCGCCCAGAGAAAGGACUGAUUCAGAAAAUGCUCAUAUUAUGAUUAUUAUGCAUUACUAUCUAAUAUCGGAUAUGCAUAUACAGCUUAUAUCAAAUUUAUUUAUGAAUAAACUGCAUGUUUUAUCGUUAUUCUUAAAACAA